GCGGCGGCGGGAGGGAGGCAGGCAGGGAGGGAGGCAGGGAGGGAGGGAGGGAGGCGGCCGCGCCGGAGCCGGAGAGCGCGGGCGGGCGGCGGCCCUUGGCACCCUGCACCCCGCACCCCGCGGCUCCCGGCGCCGCUUCCCCUGCCGCGGAGCCUCUGGGAUCGGAAGGGAGCGGCGGAGAUCCCGCAGCGCGGAGCGCCCAGAGUUUGGAUCGAGCUCAUCAUAGACCUCUCCCAGCACAGCUUUCCUGCUAGAGGAAUCAGUGAAAGUUGUGAGUGCUGCAUGUGUGCUUUUCAGAGCAGUAGUGUGAGGAAGCUGGCAGUGGAAUGGCAGGACGGCCUCAUCCUUAUGACAGUAACUCCAGUGAUCCAGAGAAUUGGGAUCGGAAAUUGCAUAAUAGACCUCGUAAACUUUGUAAACAUUCAAGCACCUCAUCCCGUGUUGCUAAAGGAAUAGACUACAGCAAAAUGAGCCUCCAUGGUGCGAGUGGUGGACACGAGAGAUCGCGGGACAGGCGCAGAUCCAGUGACAGAUCUCGUGACUCAUCCCACGAAAGAGCAGAGUCUCAGCUCACUCCAUGCAUCAGGAAUGUCACUUCACCUACAAGACAGUAUCAUUCUGAUCGCGAGAAGGACCACAGUUCAUCUCGGCCCAGCAGCCCCCGGCCCCAGAAGAUGUCCCCCAAUGGUUCUGUUGUCAGCAUGGGCACCAGCAGCAGGAACAGCAGCCAGUCCAGCUCAGAUGGCAGCUGCAAGGCUGGUGGGGAAAUGGUGUUUGUGUAUGAAAAUGGCAAAGAGGGAGCUCGGAACGUCAGAACGUCCGAGCGAGUAACGCUCAUCGUGGACAACACCAGAUUUGUUGUAGAUCCUUCCAUCUUCACUGCACAACCUAACACAAUGUUGGGCAGGAUGUUUGGAUCAGGCAGAGAACACAACUUUACACGGCCCAAUGAGAAAGGAGAGUAUGAAGUUGCUGAAGGAAUUGGUUCCACUGUGUUUCGUGCUAUUCUGGAUUACUACAAGACUGGGGUGAUACGCUGUCCUGAUGGGAUAUCUAUUCCUGAAUUGAGAGAAGCAUGUGACUAUCUCUGUAUCUCCUUUGAGUAUAGUACUAUUAAAUGCAGAGAUCUGAGUGCUCUCAUGCAUGAAUUGUCAAAUGAUGGUGCUCGCAAGCAAUUUGAGUUUUACUUGGAAGAAAUGAUUCUGCCAUUAAUGGUAGCCAGUGCCCAAAGUGGGGAGAGGGAGUGCCACAUUGUUGUGCUGACAGAUGAUGAUGUCGUUGACUGGGAUGAAGAGUAUCCCCCACAAAUGGGAGAGGAGUAUUCACAAAUUAUUUACAGCACAAAGUUGUAUAGAUUCUUCAAAUACAUUGAAAAUAGAGACGUGGCCAAAUCAGUUCUGAAGGAAAGGGGGCUCAAGAAGAUCCGCCUGGGCAUCGAAGGAUACCCUACGUACAAGGAGAAGGUGAAGAAGCGGCCGGGCGGGAGGCCGGAGGUGAUCUACAACUACGUGCAGAGGCCGUUCAUCCGCAUGUCGUGGGAGAAGGAGGAGGGGAAGAGCCGGCACGUUGACUUCCAGUGUGUGAAGAGCAAAUCCAUCACCAACCUGGCGGCGGCAGCAGCGGACAUCCCGCAGGACCAGCUGGUGGUGAUGCACCCCACGCCGCAGGUGGACGAGCUGGACAUCCUGCCCAUGCACCCCGCCGCCAGCAGCGGCGAGCUGGAGGCCGAGGGCCAGAACCCCCCGCUCUGACGGCGCUGCCCCACCGCAAGCAUGCUCCUGCAGUGGCUGCGCCCGGCUCAUGCACCCUGCAGCGCCAGCUUCCCCAUUGUGUCCCGGUGUUUAGGAUGUUGCAGCAGGACCUGGCACGGCCCCAGGGGAUGCCCGGCCGCGCCGGGAGGAGCCAGCCCCGGCGCUGGGCUCGGUGCCGUUCGUGUCUGUGUUUACCAGUAGGUUUGUGACGUUGGUGACUCGUGAGCUGGCCCGGCCCCGCUCCGCGGCCCCGGGAAGCAGAGUGGGAAUUGAUAGUAGCACUUUACAAAUGGUUGAGAAAUGGAAUUUGAAGCCAUUUUUUAUAAAUGUAUUGCACAAUACUAACAAAGUGCUUCUAUCAAAGGUAUUAACUGUACAUAGUUUUGCUCUGAAUAGAUUGACCCUUUUAAAGUUAUUGUAUAUGGUUGAGCACAAAACUACUUACUCUUGGGUUUUUGGAUUGAGGACGUGAUUCAAUGACCCAUGUAACAUCUUGUUCAAGUUCUUUAGUGAAUUUUUUCACUUGUUUGCAGCGUGAGCCAUGUUCAAAAAUUGUGAACAACGGACAGGGGCUUUAUCUUAAAUUUUGCCUUAAGCUGUUCACAAAUAUUUAUUUAAUACAUUUUUCAUAAGUGUCAUGAAAUAGGAAAAUGCAAAUGGUUCAUUCUUCAUUUAUUAAUGAUUGUAAACAAGUUUUUCAUGCAAAUAAAGUUUCCAUUAUUUUAA